AAGCACACCACGUCCAGUCCGCAUUUUCCGCGUUCCAACGGACUUGCAGAAAAGGGUGUGCAAGUGGUAAAACGAAUACUGUGGAAAACUGCUGAAGCUAAUGAAGACUUCUGGCUGGGAUUGCUUGGUUACAGGUCUACACCCCUGGAGGAUGGCCGGUGCCCCAGCGAGCUUCUAAUGGGACGCCGCAUUAGGUCCCGUCUUCCUGACUUCACGCCAGCACUUCCAAAACCAGCCAGAAAACACACGCAGGAUAACACUAAAGGAUGUUUUUUGAAGCCACUACGGGCAGGUGACGUGGUACGUCUGAGGGACAAAGGACAGUGGGUCACAAAGGGCCAAGUGUUAAGGAACGUGGCGCCUCGUUCUUCACUGGUUGUCACGCAGGAUGGCCGGGAAUAUCGACGCAACAGAGAACACCUGCGACCAACGAAUGAAGACCUGCAGAGUUCCGAUCACUUUGAGGAGCACCUGGAAGAUUCCCCAGCCUGUGCCCUGACCAGCAUUCAAGCUACACCGGCUGCAUUGACCCCAACAGUGCAGCAUGGUGAUCCAGCCAUCCCAACCACAGUCGCUACUUCAACGAGAACUCCGACCAACUCCCCAGCUGCAGUCAACUCCACAGCGAGAACAGAGGAUGAUCUGGCUAGUGAACUUAGACCAUGUGUUGCUCGGACAUCAACCCGAACUGUGCGGCGACCCCAAAGGCUAAACUACGAUCAGAACUUCCAGCAGCAAGCUUAACGGGCUUUUGAGUUAUUGCUUUUUAUAUUUCGUGUUUUGUGUAUUUUGUUUAUUUUCGUAUGUAUUUCUUGUUGGUUUUUCAUAGUCCAAAGAAAGGGAGAUGUAACAGUCUUGAUACUA